AUGAUGAACGUUCCUCAUUUAUCAACCAUCAAUGGUCCAGAUUUUAACACGAAUCAAUAUCCUCAUCCAAUUCCAUUGCUCUAUCAACAAACCAACAGUACACCAACGACAUCUAGCAUCUCCAUUUCAACAUCCAAUAGCAAUGCCCAACAAGUAUGUGAUAUUACACAACCACAAAAUGAUACAACACCAACAACUAAUGAUAAUGAAAAUAAUUUCAUCCUGGUGAAAAAAAGAAAAAAGAAGAUUAAAACUGAUCAUACCAAUUCUAACACUCCAGGACCUGAUACAUCAUCGCCAUCGUGGACAUCAACAUCAUCUUCUUCCUCUACAUCAUCAUCAUCAAUUCGUACAGACGGAUCAACAUCUUCAACAAAUUCUGAUAGUAUAGUUUCAGCUAAACAAACAACUUCAACAACAAAUCUCAAACAAGUUCAUCCAAGUCAAAGAUCUUCAGAACAUGUUCAACAAAUACAACAAGGUAAAGCAGCAAUAAAAUACACCACCCAAACAUCGGAUCUUAGUCAUCAACCAAAAGAAGUAUCUGAAUAA